AUGUCGAAAUUCGACCCGUACGACCAUCUCAACGUCUCCCUCAACCCGGACGGCUCCCUCACCCGCUUCAUCAAGCUCCCGACCUCCGCCGCCACCGACGAGAGCCCACAUGCCGCCGCCGCCCACUCUGCCCUCAGUCGAGACGCCCAGCUCGACCCGACUCGAAAAACAUGGGUUCGGGUCUACCGCCCGACCCGACUACCCUCAAACGACACGUCUGUGGCUCGACUCCCAAUCGUCGUCUACUUCCACCCAGGCGGGUGGGUCCACAUGAGCAUUGCUAACACCAUGAUCCACGAGGCGAACAACCGCAUGUCUGCCGAGAUACCUGCAAUUGUGGUGGCCGUCGAGUUCCGACUCGCCCCGGAGAGCCGCCUCCCGGCACAGUACGAGGACGCCGUGGAAGCCGUCACCUGGGUCCGUGACCAAUUGGCUGCCGGCCGAGAUGGCGGCGCCGGCCAGUGGAUCAGGGAUUAUGGCGACUUUUCCAGAUGCUAUCUCUACGGUGUGAGCUGCGGCGCGAACAUCGCCUUCAACGCGGCCCUCCGAAUCCAAGAGCUCGACCUGAAGCCGUUGACUAUCUCUGGCAUAAUCCUUAACCAGCCGUUUUUCGGGUCAAAGCAACGAACUAAAAGCGAGCUAAAAUCGGCCACGGACCCGUACUUCCCGCUGCCCGUGCAGGACCUUCUGUGGGAGCUGGCGCUGCCCGUCGGGACUGAUCGGGACCACCGGUUUUGCAACCCGUUUGCGGACAAGCCGACUCGGGAUAAAGUGAAGCGGUUCGGGAGGUGCCUUGUGAUCGGGUUCGGUGGGGACCCGUUGGUCGACCGGCAGCAAGCGUUUGUUCAGAUGCUCGUGGAGGAAGGAGUGCCGGUCGAGGCGCGGUUCGAUGAUGUCGGGUUUCACGGGAUAGAUAUGAUCGAUGGCAGGCGAGCUUCGGCCAUUCUUGGUUUUAUAAAGGAGUUUGUUUGA